AAUUCAAACCCGGAACAGACCACGAUUAACGUUAGCAUUCGAUCCAGGUUCCUUCAGAUAAUAUUCACACCAGCUUAUGGUAAACAUGUCAGAUCUGACAAUCGACGCGAUGACAUAACUGCGAUAACAAUCACACAGUGCCACUUCAUUCUGACAUUGUAUUUGCAAGAAAAUCUUCGUUUCUCAGUGAAUAUUAAAUAUGGCCAUGAUUGUGUAGGAAUGGUAUUAUGGAAUGGCAACGCUGUAUCCACGACCCAGGAUAAAGGUAGAUGGUUUGGGAGAAUGAUGUUGGCAAUUUUCAGUCAUAUCUUUCUACUCGGUAGUAUACAAUGCUUGAAUGUGAAACCACAGAGAGAAGUUUAUGCACCUAAUUACAGAUUUUAUCAUAACUUGACUCAAAUUGAUACAGAAGUUAAACUUCUGUCGAACUUUCCAGAUUAUGUGAAGGUGUACAGACAUUUCAUUUCCAGACAGGGUAGACCCAUGUACCUUUUGCACAUAUCAAACUUUUCUGACUCAGAACACAAGAGCUUUAAAGACUCCCAUAGCCCAAGAUACAAACCCCAGUUACUCUUCUCCUAUGGAGAACAUGCAAGAGAGUUCCUUCCAGUUGAGAGUGCAAUAUAUUUUAUAAAAAACCUAACAGGUGGUCUGCAUUCGUCUGCAGAUGUGUUUUCUAGAAAGUUUACCCAAAGAAUACUGUUGCAUUCAGAUCUGUACAUUAUAUUAAUGGCUAACCCAGAUGGACGACAUUUUGUGGAACAAACUCAGAAUUACUGCUGGCGAGGUACCAGUACAGGAGUGGACCUUGACCGAAACUUUGGGUGGGAGUUUGGUGGCAAAGGAAGUUCAAGUGACCCUAAUGAUGAAGAAUACCGAGGAGAGGAAGCAUUCUCAGAGCCAGAGAGUAAAGUAUUCCAGGACAUUUCUGCAGACAUCGCAUUUGAUGCUUUCUUUUCUUUUCACUCAGGAAUCAAUCAUAUUUACAUUCCAUAUUCAGAUACAAAAUCGCUGCAGCUAAAAAGAGAACCUGACAAUGUCCAGGAGAUGCUAAGUUUGGCCUCACGUUUGUCCCGCUGCAGUCGGUACAAUUACCGAUACGGGACCUCCCAUCACCUCAUCAAUUAUACUGCAGAUGGAACAAUAUUUGACUACAUGGCAGGAAUCAAAAAGAUACCCUUCUCCUUUACUAUUGAGCUGUGGGGAAAACAGCACCACCGCCCCAGCUGUUUUGACUUGUUUAAUCCAGAAAAUAGAAAACUCAAGGAGGUUGUUAAAUCCCUACAUCCACUUUACAUCAACAUUAUUAUGUACCUCUCAGAAUGGAAAUCCAGAAAUCACCAGGAUUUGACCAAUCCUAACGCAGAACAUCCGUCUCUAGUACUGGGCUACAUGUUGUUAGGGAUCACCAUUGCUGUCUCCUUAAUGGUGUGCCUUCACAGGAAAUGGAGAAACUGUCCACAGCUUUACCAUCAUCAUAGAAUAGUUUCCCUGAAAACCCUGAGUUCAUCAUUCUCUGCAAAGAAUUUGUGAUUUUAUGAUGUAAUGUUAUUCAGUUUUCACUGUUUUUCAGGGAGGUAACUCUUCCAUAUCCACAAAUCCCUACAAUAACAAGAACCCUCACAUUGUGUUUAAGGAGGUACUCUACAUCUUCAUAAUGGCUGACUUUCUUUUAAAACAUGGAUGAAAAUAUUUAUAUCAGCAACAUUUGUCUAUUCAUUUAAAAAAAACAUUGCCCAGCUGAGUAGCUCAGUAGGUUAGCACAUCGACUACUGAACUGUAGAUCGCAGGUUCCAGUCCAGCAGGGGUUUUAAAUUUUUUUCAGAUUGCUUUACUACUAAAACUGCAUUUUUUGACUAGAUAGAGUUAAUUUGAAAGUUUUCAAUUUCAAAAUAUUGUUGCACAAAUCCUCCACAUUUAUGUAAAUUUUAUGGUUUUUAUCUGACUACGAUGAUGAGUCUUGAUAAGUCACUAUUCGCUAUUCAGUAUCUUGGCUGUUUAAGGGUUGUCACUCCUCAAACUUUUGAUACAGUUCGGACAUGCCUUCUAGAAAAUAAACACAAUAUUUUGAAUAGUAUAGCUACAUUCAGUGACCAUAACUUAACUUAAUACCAUUUCAAACCAAAAAACUGGAAUACAAUGCUAUGUUUCAUAGCAGAAGGUUGUUUUAAAAGAAAAACCUCAAAGUCUGCUUUAAACAUGAAAAUUGCUUUUAUUUUUAAACUGAUAGCACACAAUCAAGCGAGUCACUGUCGUCAUAUUAGUGACACAGUAUUAUAUUUGAUUGAAGUAUUGAUUUAUACUAGCAAAUAUCAUUAGUCCCCUACUGGCAGAGACAAAGGGGACUGUUAGUUUGCACUCUGUCCGUCCAACCGUCUGUCACAACUUAGUUUUCGGGAUCUCUAUUCAUUAUGCUUUGAUUUAGGAAGCUGAAAUUUGACAUGUGGUUUACUACUGUAUGUUUACAGAUCAGCUUAGGGUUCUUCACCAUUGAGUGAUUUUUACAAGAUUUAUGGGACUUUGUGCCAAGUAAGUGUUUUUCUGACUCCUCCACUAUGCUUUAACUUAGGAAUUUGAAAUUUGAUAUGUGGUUAUCAAAUGAGUAGAUACAUAUUAGGUUUUAUUUCCGUUACAGCUGAAUUAAUUAAUAAUUAUUCUAACAAAAAUUGUAAAAUUUAGUCUCAUGGUUGGCUGAAUUAAUUCUUGCACUCUGCCUAGUUCUCUGUAUUUUUUCAUGAAGACAUUUAUAAUCCACUUAAUCUGAUUCGCCGCUUCCUUAUGACAAGAGGUCAAAAUUACGAUGUUUUUCUGGUAUUAAAAUAUCAUAUCUGAUCCAAAAAUAUCCAAAUAUAGAUUUUUUAAUUUUUGUUUAAACACAUGAGAUCUAGACAUCAUGUGCCAACAGCAAUGCAGGUAGAAAGUUGUGAAUUUUGAAGAUGCUAGGUAGAAAUCAAAAUGCUGAUCUUUAUAUGCUUCAUUGUACAGCGUACAAUGUACUGGAAGAUGACCCAGUGUGGUUGUUCCUAACAAUAGAACUCGAGGAUUAUGAUAUGAAUGAAGAGUUGUUUAUACAUGUACGAUGAUAGAGACAUCUUUGUUUGCCGAUGAUUCCUGACAUGUUUUGAUUAUGAAAAUCAAAGGAAGUGCAAAAGGUGAUACAAUUGAAAUUUCAAGGGGACCGCACACAGAAUAUUAUGCAAAUAACUUGACUUGGGACAUGUGUUGCUAUGAAAUCAAUCUGAUUAAAAUACAGGUCUCUCAAAUAGCACUGUGCACUAUUUAUAUGAAUUGUAUCAGAUUGUAUGAAAUACUUAUAGAAUACUUGUUUUAAAAUAAUUUCAGUUUAUAUUUAAACAUUAAAUUUCAGCACAAAAUAAACAAUUCUAUCCAAAAAUAACAUCUUUGAUACCAGUUUAAAAUGUAGGCUAUUUCAAAACUAAAAAUUGCAUUUUGGAAAAAAAAUGUUAUUCUUUAAAAUUAGUGCAAACAGGUCAAAAGACUAUAAGAUAUUGAUAAAUUUUCAGAAUUGAAUGUACAUACUGGGCAGAGAAGAGCUACAUGUACCUAAUUUUCAUGCAGUUCGUUAAUUAGCAUUACUUAUUUUACAUUACUUUUAUGAAGACUGUUAAAAUUUAAGUGCAAAAAAGGUGAAAAUAAAUCAAUAUCUCAACCUCACUAGUAAGCACACUGUCUUCCCAUUUUUAGUUUGUAUUUACUGUAUUGAUGUCAGAAAUAUACUUUGCACAAGAAUUACAAUGAGGAGUGACCUCCCCUUUAACCGGCCCAAGUCUCAUACACAAGAACAGCACAUAACAGGUUUUUUUUUUAAACAAAAGUGUUUGAGAAACAAUAUUCUGUACUGAUGUAUAUCAAUUUACAAUUGGACUACAUAUACAAUUGUAUAUAUAUUUAUUACAUGGAAGUCAAGACAUACAAAAACAUGAUGAUUAUACACAUAAAGUGACAAUUUCCUGUGAAAGGACCCAAAUACAUUGUUACCAUGAUUACUUCCUUUUUUGAAUGUUUUGUAUAGACCGGUAUACUCACUGGGUUUUUUUUUCUUCUCUCGUUUUUUAUAUACAAGUAUACACUUUUGCAACAUUUUUAAUGUAAUAUUUACAUGUACUAAAAUACAAGGAUCAUUUCUUAUUAUUGAAGUCUUGAAACAUUUCUCAAAACAAAAAAAAAACAAAAAAAACCUCACUUUCUCUGCCAUAUCAAGUAUUUGACACUUUCAACAAAGUAAAAAUAUAUCUAGUGUGUGUUGAAAAGAUACUUGACUGUAGGAAAGUCUCUUGGAUUUCCAUGCAUGAGUGGGUAGAAAACUUCUGACAGGAAUUGAUUAGGGUUGGUAUGUUUGUUAAAGGGAAAAUAUCUCAGUCACACUCCAUUGAUACCCAUGGGGAGACUUUCUGUGAGCUGGCUAUACCUUCGUCUAUAGAUUUCCGAAGAUUGCUUGAUAGUUCGACCAGUAACUAGUGACACAAAUUGAAUCUGUGAACAAGAAUGUGUUAGUGAACAAAGUAGAUUUACAGUUAUUUAUUUGAACAUUUAUUUAUUGCAUAGCUUUUGCCAAGCUAUCUGAGACAUUUUAAAAUAUGUACAUUGUGAUUGGUCCAUAGUGAUAUUGUCCAAUAAUACAUGUAUUCAUUAUUAUUGGUUAAUGUUAUACAAUAUAUACAUGUAUUCUUUAUCAUUAGUCUAUAUUAUACAAAAUAUACACAUAUUUAUAUCCUUGGUCCAUAAUGUAUCCUUUUCAGGUUAACUUAAUUUACCAUGACUUUGAUACAUGUUAUAUUGAAUGCAUAUAUUUAUAGUAGAAUUUUGAAUCAUUCAUAGACUAAUUCUCUCGAGGUUGCACCUCAUGAUACUGCUAUAAAAUAAUAUAUGUAUUGUUAAAGUUACAGUCCCUCCUUGAUAUAUACUUCUUUAUUAUAUACCCAUCAAUGUUUCGUUUUUCGAUACUGUGGAUUUCACGGUUUCCCGGAUCACCACACAGUGGUUUUCUGAUUCCGUAUCAGUAUCCUCUGAAACUGAUGAUGUCACAAUGACUCACAAUGCAUCAACGCAAUGUCAUUUGUGGAAAAUGUUGACCGUAUCACAAACAAAACUGCGUGCACAAAAUAUAAUUUCAUGGUAGUCUGUGUUUUUAGCUCUUCUGAGCCAAAGGCUCAAAGAGCUAAUGCUAUGGCCAUUUGUGCGGUGUGCGUAAACUUUUUAGAAAAAGGGCUAUAACUCAAGAACCCCUUGGCCAAUUUUUUUCAAAUUUGUUACAGGGUAUCAUUGGCCCAAGGGCUUUCAUACAUACUAAAUAAAGGGAUGUGACCCUUUAACAAGGGGAGAUAAUCAGGAAAAUACAAACAAAAGUAGUGGUUGCUAAAAAAUCUUCUUCUCAAGAACCACAGGGCAGAUUAUCACCAAACUUACACGUAAGGAUGAGGAUAUGUUGUAGAUUAAAAAUUGUUCAAGGCAUUACCCUGGGGCAAAGGGCAUGGUCUCAAGGUCACUUUAAAGUUGACCUAAAUUAAAAAAAAUUUUAAAUUCCUUAAAUCUUAGAUAUUUUAGUCAUUAUAAGGACUAGGAUCAUCAAAUUUUGACAGUUGAUGCAUCUUAGGACCUUGUGUCAAGUUGUCUCAAAAGUAGGUCACGGUGACCUACUUUUUGAAUUUUGCAGGUAUUUAUUUUAAAAUUAAUUUUGAUGCAUAUCUUGGACACUUUGAAGCCUAUGAUCAUCAAAACUUGUCAGUUGGUGGAUCAUGGGACUUUGAAAUGCGUCAACUGAAAAAUAGGUCACCGUGACCUACUUUCUGAAUUUUAUGGCUUAUCAUUUAUAGAUAUAUUUUAAGUUGUUAUUUCAAAUACCGAGAGGUUUAGAAUCAUCAAAUCUUGUAAGUUGAUGCAUCUUGAGGCCUUGAAACAUAUUUAUAAAAAAGUAGGUCACAGUGACCUACUUUUUGAAUUUUGCAGAUAUUCAAAUUUCACAUUUUCAAUUUUAGAUGCAUAUUUUGGGCACUGUAAAACCUAGGAUCAUCAAACUUUGUCAGUUGAUGCGUCUUCAGCCUUCGGUUUGUGUCGACCAAAAAGUAGGUCACCGUGACCUACUUUUGGUAUUUGACAGCUAAAUUACUAUAUUUCAGACACUAUUUGACCUACAAUCAUCAAACUUUGUCAGUUGAUGCAUCUUGAGUCUUCGGAGUGUAUCGACCAAAAAGUAGGUCACUGUGACCUACUUUUGGCAUUUGACAGUUAUAUUUAUAUAUUUCAGUCACUAAUUGACCUACAAUCAUCAAACCUUGACAGUUGAUGCAUCUUGAGUCAAUGGAGUGUGUCGACCAAAAAGUAGGUCACCUUGACCUACUUUUGGAAUUUGACGGCUAUAUUUAUAUAUUUCAAAUACUAUUUGACCUACAGUCAUCAAACUUUGUCAGUUGAUGGGUCUUGCAUGUUCGAAGGGUUUCGACCAAAAAGUAGGUCAACUUGACCUACUUUUGGAAUUGGACACCUAUAUUUAUAUAUUUCAGAUACUAUUUGACCUACAGUCAUCAAACUUUGUCAGUUGAUGUGUCUUGCAUGUUCAAAGGGUGUUGACCAAAAAGUAGGUCACCUUGACCUACUUUUGGAAUUGGACGGCUAUAUUUAUAUAUUUCAGAUACUAUUUGACCUACAGUCAUCAAACUUUGUCAGUUGAUGGGUCUUGCAUGUUCGGAGUUCGCUGACCAGAAAGUAGGUCACCAUGACCUACGAUUGGAAUUUGACAGCUAUAUUUCAAUAUUCAGAUACUAAUUGGCUUAAAAUCAUCAAACUUUGUCAGUUGAUAUUUCUUGGGUUCUCAAAAUGUGUAAACCAAAAAGUAGGUCACACUGACCUACUUUUUUUUAAUUCUUAGGAUUUAACUAAAGAUUUAGAAUACUAAGAGGCUAAGAAUAGAAAUGGUGGGGUUGUACAAUUUAUCAGAAGAGCGAUUCUAGGCCCUUGGGCCUCUUGUUUAUAAUUUGGAUUACAUUUAUUAUCUUAUAAAUGUGGAUUUAAAAUGCAUAAGGGGGUAGAUCUAUAUAAUAAAUAUAUCAUUACUACAGUAACUUGAUCCGAAGAGUUGGAUCACGUCGAGUUGACAGGCGCAGAUCAUCAGAUCAAACUCGAUGCUUCGAGUCUUGUGUGAUCUGAUGAUCCGCGCUGGUGACCAACUCGACGUGAUCCGACUCUUCGGAUCAAGUUACUGUAGUAAUAUAUAGUUAUCGUACAUGUUGUAAUUGUUAAUAAAAUACUGUUUACCAAUGCAAAUUCCCAAAAAUAAAUCAUUGGAUAGAUAA